AUGUCUGACGCUGUCCGAGGGUUUUCCUACGAUCGCGGUACUCUCACUUCCCCGGAGACAAUGCACCCUCGGUUGGGCAAAGUACGCACAACCUCCACCGAUGUCUGCUAUACGAACCAAGGCAGGGCCUCUCCGCAUUCUUCUACUUGUCUGGCUAAACUCCGCAAGGCCUCAAGACCCCUGCCCACUCCUAGCACCGAUAUGAGCUAUGUUGCUCGGCUAGGCCAUGCAAGGACUCUGCAGUCCUAG